GAUAUCACCGGGGACCAUUCCGAAUAUGAAACUGCUUGGGAAACGUCCGGCCAUCGGUACACCAGAGCCAUGCGAUCUCUGGGGCGUCAUUAUCUGAAGGCUGGCCAGCAUGAAAGGUGCAUUGAGUGCUUUCAGACCGCUCUUAAUAUCAAUCCCAUAUUCCCUCAAACGUGGUUUAGUUUGGGUUGCGCGGCAAUGUUCUGCAAGAGGUGGCCGCUGGCAGCCAGUGCGUUCCGGCACGUCCUUUCUUUGGACAGAGAUUUUUUUCUGCAACACUUUUGCCAGUAGUGCGUCUCGUGAUUCCUCCUCUGCACAGAAUGCAGAGGCCUGGUCCAAUCUCGGCGCUGUAUUGACUAAGCUGGAGGAAAUUAAUGGUGCGCAAACUGCUUAUAAGGAAGGUCUGAAAUGCAACCGUUCUCAUUGGAGAAUUUGGGAAAACCUACUUACCGUCAGCCUUCAGCUCGAAGACGUGUGCACGUGCCUUGAGGCUGUUUCCGAAAUUGUCAACCUUCGAACUAAAUGGGACAACCUGCCGCAAUUGACUCUUUUGCUGGACUUGAUUAUGCAAAGGGCGCGGCAAUAUGAAAUAAAUAGCGUCGACUGGCACACACUUACUGAAAAAACUUCUCAAAUGCUGGAAUGCAUCGGCAAUGUAGGCAUCACCGACCCGUGCUUCUGGCUGCUCUGCGCACUGGCGCUCGUUCCUUGGUGUUUGGGACAAGGAAGUCGACUUUUUAUUAAGAGCCUAUCGAGCACUUUCAGCAUCAAGCUGGGAACACGAAGAAAAUCUCUUUGAGAAGCUGGCAGAGUCUGUUUUGAGGCUCAGCAAAGUGUACAGUGCAGCCGCCGGUCGUCCCUACUGCCACAAAGCAGUUUUACUUCUAAGAGGACUUUUGAGAAAGGCUGAAAACGCUUAUACUGAACAUGUUUUGUACAGCGCGUUGCAAGGUGAAUUCAAACGUAUCACUCAACUUGAGAGUGUCCUGAAACAAGAAGAGCGUUAAUGUUUAUUAUGUUAUUUUUUUUUAAAAAAAAUUGAGUAA